CCACCUAACAGCCACUUGCUCAUCCUGCCUGUGCAUUAGCUUGGCUCCAAAGAUGCCUCAGUUACUGCGAAACAUUAAUGGGAUCAUCGAAGCCUUUGGGCGAUACGCCAGGACCGAGGGCAACUGCACAGUGCUCACCCGGGGGGAGCUGAAAAGGCUCCUGGAGCAUGAGUUUGCUGAUGUCAUUGUGAAACCCCAUGAUCCUGCCACUGUCGAUGAAGUCCUACGUCUGCUGGAUGAAGAUGACACAGGGGCUGUGGAGUUCAAGGAAUUCCUGGUCCUGGUGUUUAAAGUCGCCCAAGCCUGUUUCAAGACACUGAGCGAGAGUCCUGAAGAGGCCUGUGGAUCUCAAGAGUCUGGAAUCCACCAUGCUGGGGGCUCACAAGAGCUGGGAGAAAGACAGAGCAGGAGAACUGAAGUGGGGAUGGCUAGGGAAGAACAGCAUCGUGAGGGGAUCCAACAUGGACAGAGCACACAAGAUUCCAGAGGACAGGUGGGGACCAGGGCUCAGACCCAUGGUCAGGAUAUUGAUCAGGAUAGCCAGUCUGAGUCACAGAGACAAGAGAGAGAGAGUUGGCAGACACAAGCUGGGGGAUGUGCACAGCAGACCGAGAGAGUGGGCAAAGACAAGAGUCACCAGACCAGAGAGAGGGAGUCAGAGAGACAGUCUCAGGCCAGGGAACAGGACAGAGCCCACCAGACAAGGGAACCAGUGACUGGGACCAGAACUCAGACCCAGACAGAUGCCACCCAGACUGUGGAGGAAGACAAGAGCAGUCAGAUAGGAAGCCCUGGCACCCAGCCACAGGAGUCCACCCAUAGCCAGACCAGAGGGACUGAGGUCCAGGGUCAAGAUAGGAGCCAGACAAGCCAGACAGUGUCAGGAGAACAUGUUCAGACAUCAAGAGGUGUCACCCAGACCAUGGAGCAGGACAGGAGUGGUCAGAUAGGAAGCCCUGGCACCCAGCCACAGGAGUCCACCCAUAGCCAGACCAGAGGGACUGAGGUCCAGGGUCAAGAUAGGAGCCAGACAAGCCAGAUAGUGUCAGGAGAACAUGUUCAGACACCAAGAGGUACGCACACCCAGACCAUGGAACAAGACAAGAGCCAUUAUGUAAGUCGCACAGGGAAUAGAGAUGAGGGACAGACCCAAGGGCAGUCAGGCAGUGGUCAAAGAUGGACACAAGUGAGCCACUAUGAAGCAGGAGAGACAGAGUUGGGAGGACAAGCCCAGGCUCGGGCAAGCACUCUGACAGGGAGACAGGACUGGAGCAGCACUCACCCAAGGUGCAGUGUGACAGGAGGGCAGGGAGAGAGAGAACCCACAGUGAUUACUCAAGAGAGGGUGGGUGGCCAAACAAGGGAUACAACGAUCCCAAGGCAGGACCAGGAUAGCCUGCAUUGUAGCAUGCCUUCAACCCAAGGCCAGGAGACAGCCCAGCCAGAAGGGAAGCGGGGCCUCACAGCCAGGGGGCUGUAUUCCUACUUCAAAAGCAACAAGCCAUGA